CAAUUAGAAUCAAGAACGGCAUCCCUACAUCCGAAUGCUGGCGUUCCUUGCACUUUGUGUUAUAUACGUGACUGUCGACGGUUUGGCUGACAUCUGCCCUGAUCAUAACACUUAUUGUACUUGGCUGGACGACAGUACUGUUGAGAUUAUGGGUUAGGUUACGCAUUACCAAAAACCCUGGAUGGGAUGAUGCUACUAUGGUGAUGACACUGUGCCUGUUUACUUGCUACUGUUCUUUCAUCAUGGUCGUUGGACGGUCUCUUGCUCAAGAGAUGACAGUGGCAACACUUCGACGUAUGCUCCUUUAUGUUCAGCUUGCCGAGAUCUUCUACAUAAUUACUACAACUCUCCUGAAAGUUUCUUUGGGCCUUUUCUUCCUACGGUUGUUGACGAAAAGGUGGCAAGUCUUAACCUUCUACAUCAUCCUAGGCGUCUCCGCAGUGUACGGCGUCAUCUACACGUUUGUUGCCAUCUUCCAGUGUGGAGUUCCGCAUGAUCUGCUGAACAACCUCCUUCACGGAACCGACCGAUGCCUUCCGGAAGCUUUCUCUCUCUUCACAGGAUAUCUUUACGGCACCAUAAAUGUCAUUGCAGAUUGGACAUUCGUUCUCAUUCCGAUAUACAUCCUUAUCGAAAGCGAUAUGACUCGUCAGUCGAAAUUGUCUGUUGGCAUUGUGUUGGCACUAGGUGCUAUCGGAAGCAUCUCCAGCGUCAUGCGAAUGGUGUUCCUCAAGGGCCUUCUCCUUAAUGGGCAGCUUACAACCGAAGCCGUCAAGGCAACCUUUUGGGCCACCGCUGAGCCGGGCACUGGCAUUAUAGCUGCUUCCGUCGCCGUUCUUCGACCACUAUUUCGAAAAGUCAAGACCGAGGUACAAGACAGGAUAACACAACACAACACAAAUCGAAGCAAACCCAAAGAUGUCGAGAACAAUCCGAAUCUCGACUCUCAAAGCUUAGUUGCAAUGGCCUCGACGAAACCGACUAGUAGCGGCGGCAUUGAAGACUCAAAGAGGGCCUCUCUUUACUCUAUCGUUUCUCCGACUCUAGAUCGCGAUGUGACCUUCGGAGAAGCGCAGGUCGGCCAAGUCAUCCACAUCCGAUUGACGACCCAGGAAUAUCGACCUCCACCCCCUCCAAAAUGAUGACAUUUACAGACCAGUUCUUUACGAUUUUACGCUCUUUCUAUUAUUUAUAUUUCCUGGCUGCAGAACCGUAUCUGUGACCUAACACGUUCAUAUCUUGAUCUUGGGUACUGGCGUUUUAAUCUUUAGAUUAGGUUUGGAUGCCAGGAUGUUUUUGAGAAUCUUUCCGACCUGAUCGAAACAGACUCUUACUCUAUGAAGAGCAAUAAGUGUGUUCAUGAGUUCUAGACCAUGUUGGUAACGCUACCUCGU